UCUGACCGAAGGGCCUGGGAGCUCCCUCCACUGGUGCUGUGGGAAGCUUUAGCCAAGCCAAUGCACCCUGACAACAAACUGCCCAGCCAUGGCAAGGCAGGCAGCAGCGGUGCCCUGGCCCAGCACCACAAUGUGAGCCAAGCACCCACGUGUAACCUGGGCUCAAAGGGUGUGGGGGCAGGCAGCCAUGGCAGUAAGGCCACUCAGAUCUCCCCUGGCAACUCUGGACUGAAAAACAGCCAGAACACUGUCCCAAACUUCAGCUCCUUGAAGGGCAAGGUGAAACGGGAGCGAAGCAUCUCAGUGGACUCUGGAGAACAGCGAGAAGUCAGCACCCCAUCACAGGACACAGAAUCAAAAGGUGAGGUGGCUCCCCGUAGCAAGCGACGGUGCGUGCUGGAAAGGAAACAGCCAUACAGCGGCGAUGAGUGGUGCUCUGGGCCAGACAGCGAAGAAGACGACAAGCCCAUCAGCAAUGCACACAGCUGUAAUGUAGCAGAUCCUGCGAUGUCCACGGCCCCACAGCUUGGCCCAGGGUCCAACCCGCUGCCGAACCUGAGCGAGAGCAGCGCUUCCGGCGUGCCCCAUGGUGCUGCCCCCGGCUUGCGGUCAGAGGCUGUGGGAGGCGGAGGCGGCGGAGCAGGGAAGCAGCCGUCACAGUUCGUUUACGUCUUUACAACGCACCUUGCUAACACAGCUGCAGAAGCUGUCCUGCAGGGCCGAGCUGACUCCAUUCUGGCCUACCAUCAGCAGAAUGUCCCGCGGGCAAAGCUAGACCAGGCACCUGCUCCUAAAGUGCUGGGGGUUGCUGAGCCACUUCCGAUUAACCCUCCUGCUGCCAACACUCCACAGUCCCAGCCACCAGCCCCUCAAGCAAGUCAACCACAGCCGCAGCCUCCCCCACCGCAGCCUCCACCCCCCACACCUCAGACCAUCAGUCAAACACCUUUGCCUGCACCUCAGGAAGGGACAAGUGAAGAUGUCCGGAGAGAUCUGACUCCCAGCUCUUUGGGGAACAACAGCAGCAGCAACCAGCCUGGAAACAACCACCCAAAUACACCCACCGCGUCUGCCAGCGCCAUGCAGCCUGGGCAAGUGGACUCCUCUGCCGCCCCCAGCUCUAGCCUUCUCGGAGAGGGUCCGGGUCCAGGGAUGCCAGGGCAGGCAGGCCUGGGCCCCAGGAAUGCCAUGAACUCGGAAGGGCUCUCAAAGGAGCAGCUGGAGCACCGAGAGCGCUCUCUGCAGACCUUGCGGGACAUUGAGCGUCUGCUGCUGCGCAGUGGGGAGGCCGAGCCCUUCCUCAAGUCCAGCCAAAAUGUGGGUGAGGGUGGCACUGCCCCUCAGCCACAGGCUACCCCUGCCCAGCCCCCUGCACCCUCGGCCAGCAUGAAGAAGUAUGAAGAGCCUCUGCAGUCCAUGAUAUCCCAGACUCAGAGCCUUGGUGGGCCCAGCCUAGAACACGAGGUGCCGCACCACCCCGGAGCUGACAUGGGGCAGCAGAUGAACAUGAUGAUGCAGCGGCUGAACCAGGACAGCCUGACACCGGAGCAAGUGGCCUGGAGGAAGCUGCAGGAAGAGUACUAUGAGGAAAAGCGACGGAAAGAGGAGCAGAUCAGCAUCCACGGCCGACCCAUGCAGGAGAUCAUGAUCCCACAGUCGAUGGGGAGCAUGAUGAUGCGAGGGCCCCCACCACCCUACCAUAGCAAGCCUGGGGAGCCGUGGCCGCCAGGGAUGGGCAGCCAGCUACGGGGACCCAUAGAUGUGCAGGACCCUAUGCAGCUGCGGGGAGGGCCACCCUUUCCUGGGCCACGGUUUCCUGGGAAUCAAAUGCAGAGAGUCUCUGGCUUUGGAGGGAUGCAGAACAUGCCCUUGGAUGCUCUUGGGCCCAUGAAUGCCAUGCAGAGACCAGUCAGGCCUGGCAUGGGAUGGAGCGAUGAUAUGUCUCCUAUGGGAGGCCCCGGGAACUUUCCGCAGGGCACCCUGCCCUACCCAUCAGGGCAAGGGGACCCAGAAAGGUUUAUGAAUCCCCGUGCCAGGGAGGAGAUUCUACGGCAUCAGCUCAUGGAAAAACGCCCAGUGGCAAUGCAGAGGCCCAUGGGAAUAUCUGGCAACUCCAUGAGCCAGAGCAUGGAAAUGGAGAGGAUGAUGCAGGCUCACAGGCAGAUGGAUCCAUCCAUGUUUGCUGGCCAGAUAACGGGGGAGAGCCUGAGCAGUGCCCCAAUGGGAAUGGAUUUUGCAGGCACUCGGGGGAUGCUGAGCCCCCCUAUGAGUCAGUCAGGCCUUCGGGACAUGGAUGCACCCGUGGGCCCUGGCAACCUCAACAUGAACAUGAAUGUCAACAUGAACAUGAACAUGAACCUCAAUGUCCAGAUGACCCCACAGCAGCAGAUGAUGAUGUCGCAGAAGAUGAGGGGCCCCGAGAUGAUGACCCACCAGGGCAUGAGCCCUGAGGAGCUGGCCAGGGCGAGGGCUCAGAAUGGCAGUGGUAGUGCAAUGCUAACGGGGCCCCAGAAAAUGAUGAUUCCCUCCCAGUUCCCCAGCCAAGGGCAGCAAGGCUUCUCAAGCGGGCAAGGACCUUAUCCCAACAUGCCCCAGGAGAUGGGCAGUGGCUCGGACAUAUUCAACCCUGAGCAGGGCACCAUGCCCGUUGGGAGCAUCAGUGGCACCACCAGGCUCAGCCACAUCCCUCUGCCUCCAGCUUCCAAUCCCACUCCCACACCAGGGGGAAACCUAGCCAACAUGCACCCAGCACCUUCCCGAGGGCUUGGCCGCCGGCCCUCUGACCUCACCAUCAACAUCAGCCAGAUGAAUUCCCCCAGCAUGGGCCACCUCAAGUCUCCCACCCUUAGCCAGGUGCACUCGCCGCUGGUCACCUCCCCGUCUGCCAACCUCAAGUCCCCACAGACACCCUCACAGAUGGUCAGCAUGCCACCUUCAAACCAGUCAGGGCCCCUCAAGUCCCCCCAGGUGAUGAGCUCCUCUCUCAAUGUGCGGUCUCCAACCGGCUCACCAAGCCGCCUGAAGUCCCCUUCUAUGGCUGUUCCUUCCCCUGGUUGGGUGCCAUCUCCCAAAGCCACCAUGCCCAGCCCAGGAGUCAACCAGAGCAAGCAGACUCUCAGCAUGAACUCAUCUGCCUCCAUGGGAGCACUGGAUCAGGAUCCAUCCCCCUCUCAGAACCCACUCUCACUGAUGAUGUCCCAGAUGUCCAAGUAUGCCAUGCCCAGCUCCACACCACUUUACCACAAUGCCAUCAAAACCAUCGCCACCUCUGACGACGAGCUGCUGCCGGACAGGCCUAUGCUCCCUCCUGGAAGUAUGUCAGGUGUGACGGGGAAUCAGCCAAAUCAACUGCACUUGAACUCUGUGGCACCUGGAUCCUCUCAGAGCCCCAUGGGAAUGAACCUGCCUGGUCAGCAGCCCCUCUCCCACGAACCGCCCCCCACCUCCAUGAUGUCCUCCCCAAACCCUCUGGGCUCCAACAUUCCUAUGCACCCGAGUGGGCCAGGGGCAGGCGUGCCCCCCCAGAACCCCAUGAUGAUGCCCCCGGGUCCCCAGGACUCGUUGAACCAGCAGUGUGGCCCUGUGCCCAACAGUUCACAGAUGAUUCCUUCUAACCAGCUCGUGUUCCCCCGCAUGCAGCAGCCCCACAACGCCAUGGCAUCUCCUGCUGGAGGCAUGCCCAUAGCCCCCGGUGCGGGAGGUGGCCCUGGGAUGCAGCAGCAUUACCCACCAGGGAUGCCCUUGCCGCCUGAGGACCUUCCCUCCCAGCAGCCUGGCCAGAUGCCCCCUCAGCAGCACAUGAUGGGCAAGAACAUCCCUCCUCGGAUUGGCGAGCCCUACCCGCCCGUGCUUCCCGGGGUGGCAUCGGUGCUGAACGACCCCGAGCUCAGCGAGGUCAUCCGCCCCACACCCACAGGGAUCCCUGAAUUUGAUCUGUCCAGGAUCAUCCCAUCAGAGAAGCCAAGCAGCACCUUGCAGUAUUUCCCCAAGAGCGACAGCCAGGCGCCGAAAUCUCAGCCUUCCAACCUUCACCUCAUGAACCUGCAGAACAUGAUGGCUGAGCAGCCCCCGGUGCGGCCAGGUAUGAAUGCCCCCAGCCUCCCCGGGCAGCAGGGCGUGCAGAGGGGACUCAGCAUGCCCAUGUGCCAUCCUGGACAAAUGCCCAUGCUGGGCAGGACAGGCAUACCACCCCAGCAAGGCAUGAUGGGCAACAGCAUGCAUCAGGGCAUGAUGUCUCCACAGCAGAGCCUGAUGGCCCAGCAGAAUUUCAUGCUGAUGCAGGCCAAACAGAGGAGCAUGUCUGUGUCAGGGGAGAUGUAUGCCCAGACAGGACAUAUGAUGUCACCUCAGGGCUCUCUCAUGGGGCCCCCGCCUCAGCAGAACCUCAUGGUCACGCACCAGAUGAGGCAGAGGAGUGUCUCCCUGGACAGCCAGAUGAGUUACAUCCCCGGGCCUGGGAACAUGGCAAACUUGCCUUUCUAACCCCGGCUGGCUCUCAGGGCUGGGGAGGGGACUGGGCUGCCUCUACAAACAUUUUUAAACCUUUCUGCAGGGGAGGGUUGGGGGCCAAUGUCAGUGGAGGACACCACGUGGGAUGCUUUUCAUAUUGGAUUCGCCUCUACACAGAAAACCAUAUGUGCAGUAAACUUGAUGUGAAUUGGGUUUCUUUUUCCUUUCUUUUUUGGGGAAGGGGAGGGUGGAGGGGCUGGGAGUGGGGCUGUUACUUUGAACCCUGAGUGGAGACUAGGGACAUCCAGACCCUGUGUCAGUUUGUAAAGUUUUCACUUACGGUUUUCCUCUGUCAAGUGUUUUUCUUUCCCUUUUUUUCCUCUCUUUUUCCUUUUUUCUUUUUUUUUUUCCUUUUUUUCCUUCCUUUUUAAGCAACCAAAAUGUGCAAGAGGGUUUUUGGAACUAGCUGUAAAUAGGUCGCUGGGAAAGGCGAAACUUGUGCUGGUUUUUAAUUGUUCUGUAUUUCUGUGUUUUAAUAGAAGCCUCAAAACAUGUUUUAAAAAACAGAAACAGAAAAACAUGCUAAAGGCAACAGUGUACAAGGAUUGAAGACUCUCCUUGAGGGGGGGAGGGAGGAGGAUCCCCAGGGUGCACAGGAUGUUGAGAGAUCCCAUUGUAGAGUGACUCUGUGUCAGACCUGUGUUGUUCAUGCAUCUGGAUGGUUUGCAUGUGCGAGGGGGGCGGGGGAUGUAGUGUCAUGCAGAUCUCAGGCCCCUGUGGAUGCUCUGCUGAGUGCACAAACACAACCACCACCAAGAGCUGUGGCCCUGGUGAAACGCUGCUGAUGCUCAUCUGGCAGGACAGAGGCCACAGCUUCGUGGGAUGCAGCUGUUGCUGCUCUGUGGAGAAGCUGCUGUGGCAGCUGGGGAUGCUGGGGAGCAUUCUCCCUUCAGCUGGAGAAUUGGUGAGGAUUUGGCUUCGCAGAUGAUAACGUGCUGGACCCAAAGGUCUUGACCAACCCUGUCACCUCUCUCCCUCCUCUUCCCUUCCUACUGUGUCCCCUGGUGGCAGGUGUUACGGUGUGUAGGGACCGAUGGGUUCCGAGGUGAGUGAGGUGAUGCAUUUCGGUGCUUCCAGGAGAGGCUAGCUAGGAACCCUGCUCUUCUGCAGCCUUCCUACACCAGUCCAUGACCCAUACAUCACUGUCUGCCAUUGUCCUGCGCCCCCUCUCCUGUUGAAUGCUCUCCCAGGUCUUCCUCAUGCUUGUUGGUCCUUCUCCUCCAGAGUUUCGCAGGCAGUCUUUGUUCCAUCUCGCCCUGAGCUACUGGCAGCAGCCCUGCCCUGUGGCACAGGAGAGGUCCAGCUGUUGAAGAGGACCUGUCCCUGCGUGCAAUACUCCACUUUAGUGUAAGUCUUGUUUGGUGUCAGUGGCGCGGCCAUUCUGUGUUUCAGACAGAAGAGGCUGAAGAUGCAUUGCAAUCCCUCAUUCCCAAGCUGGCAGAAGUGUGCCAUUUGGACAACUCUGGCUUUUCUGGAUGUGCUCCAUCCUCCCCAUCCUGCACUCCAUAAGGUCUUCCUGCACACGGUCCUGAUGGUCUGUCCUGUGUUUGUUCACGGAGGGGAAUGUGGGGUGAUGUGCGCACACUUCUGUACUCAUAGCGGUGUCUCUGGACCUCUGCAGGGACACCAUUUCAGCAUCCAGCGGUGAACUUGGGGCACACAGCUGCCGGGGGAACACCGCUUGGAGGAUUAUCUCUGCAGAGCCAGACUUAGCACACUCUUAUAACAGAGCUCACCUUUCCCAGCUUGGUACUGCAGGGAGGAGAGGGCUUUGGAAAGGGAGAUUGUCAAGUAGCGAGUGAACAGCAACACUUUUCACCAUCUUGCAAGCUGUUUGGACAGGUUGGUGGGUGCUGAAACGUCAGCCCAGCAGCUCUCUCGAUCCAGUCUGUGAGAAGAUGGAGUCACAAAGUCCAGUUAGGAAUACCUGGAAGCUUUGGGGCAUUGUGUAGCGAGCAGUACUGGGUAAGAAGCAUGGGUCUGGAUUUGAGGAAGAAUCUUGCUUUGGUCUCCUGCUUUGUAGGGGUUUGUUGUGUAUGAUGUGAGCAAGUAGCGGUUUUUGAGGUGAUAAAACAGGCAGUGGUCAUGCCUGCCUUUGCAGUUGGAGCAGAGGAAUAAUCUUCAGCUCAGGCUUUGGACCUGACCAUGUUAGCUGGUUGGAUUCUCCAUCCUUCCAGUGUGUUCACAUGGGAGGAUGUGGCUCAAACAGAUGUAGCUCUUUCUAAGCUUGACUUGCCUGAAAGGCUGUGGCUUCUCUUGGCUGCACUUUGGGGUGUUGGCUGCUGGUAGUUUCUCGUAAACAUCCAAAUACCAAUUACAGCCUCAAACCUUGCUCAUUACCCACCAGCUAGUCUUGGCUAAUUUGAAGCCAUAACAUUUUCUAUAUGGAAGUUUUUUGUUUGUCUGUAGACAGCUGUUGUUUUAGCCCGGUUGAGAUCUCCAUGUGUUCGUACCUUCCCUGUUGUCCUUUUUGCCCAGCCUGACACAGAAGUUGCUUGGGGCUUGCAGUCCUGUCUUUGUGGGCAGCGUGUUGUCCCUGCUCAGCCGGAGCCCCCAGGCUGCAGCCCCCAGGCUGUGCAGGACUCAGGAGGCUGGUGCUGGCUGCUCGUGGGGACGGGGCAGUGCAGUGCUAUUUCUGCCUGGCAACAGAAGGAACACCUGUCCUUCGGUGACAAAUAAGAAGCAAAGCCUUUUGACUCAGCAGCCCUGGAUACAAAAGGGAAAUCCCAAUACUAGGUCAGAGCUGAGGAUUCUAGAGCAGCAGUCGAUGCUCUUCUGCAAAAUUGCACUGCCCUAGAGCCAGCCCUAUCCCUACCACUGAGAGGGCUGAACAAUGGGGAGAAGAAGUGCUGCCUAACACCCUUCUGCCCUGGGCACCACUCCCAACCAUGUCUGUGAACAGCAGUGUGGCAGGAGUUCCUCUGGAGGCUCAGUGACAGCCAGUCUGUGUUAGACCUGGGCAAGGUUUGCCAUCAGCUGGUUGCCUGCUGCCGUGACCUGUGUCUAGUCUUGUGUCUUGUAGUUUAUUGCUCGACUUCUCAGCUUGAGUUCUGUGUACUGACUCCACCUAAUCACAGUAGGUUUGCCCAUCUUUUAGCCAUGACUUCGCCAUGUUUUUCCGGCUCCAAAAAAGCAUAUGCUGGGAAACCGCAUCUUUCAGUACAUCGGAUAAUCACGCACCCGGAAUUAGCUUUCACGUUGAGGUAAAGGUGACUGACCUGUUCUCUGUCAUCCCAUGGAGAAAUUCCCCAGUCAUUUUGUACCAUUAUAUAAAUAUAUAUAUAUAAAUAUAAAUAUAUAAAUACAAUAUGUGAAGACAUCUUAUUGGUUUUUAUUUGAAACAAUUUUUAGGCUUGUUUUUGGGUAUCUGUGCUGCCUGUAAUGUAUUGACCUGUUUUAUAGGUGCCUUUUUAUUAAAAAGACAAAUUUCAAAACCUGA